UUAUUUCAGUUGCACAUGACUCUUUGCUAUUUACUGCUCUUCUUAGACAAAGGUCAGAUCAUUCCGAAAGCUGAUGGUUUCUUGGAUCAAGAGCAGUGGAUUCCUCAGGAGUGUGCUGCUGUCCAGCAGUCACGCGUAUCACAGAGAUGACCAACAGCUUCAUGGCACUCCUCUGCGGUACCUGCUGACCCCGUCUCUGCAGAAGGAGGCGGCUCCGAGGGUGGAGGAGCUGGGCUGGAGGGAGAUGGAGAGGAUCAGUGCGUUUCCCGGGAUCUCUGACUCAGAGCAGCGGCUCUACAUUCCCGGAGGAGGAGUGACCAAAGCCCUUUACACAGACUGCUGCACAGAGGACAUCUCUAUGGCAGUAAUGCUGAUCUUCUGCUCAGAAGGAGACAACAUCCCUGACGCGUUUGCUCUCGUUAACCAUCUCAACGACUGGCUCCAUCUGCUGGAAAAACCUACGCAGGGUUCGGUGCAGUGGCGGGUUCCUCCCUCGUGGAGGCUGCUGUUUGGCAGCGGUAUCCCACCUCUUCUCUUCUGAGGCACGGCUGAAACCUCACGCUUGCAUAUGGAUAUGCCUGACGCAACUCUGCAGGUGUGACCGUUUUAAACAUGAACCAGAGAAAUCACUGAUGGACUGAUGGUUGAGCGGUCAAACUGCACAAAGUGCUGAUUACACAUUUUGCUUGUAAAUAAGUGAAAUGGUACAGAAAUAAUAAGCUGUAGCAUUAUUUUUGCCAAAUCGUGUGUCCCGUGUCAUUUUUUUCUUUAUAACGCUAGUCAUGCUGAUAGUUCAGCUUUCAUCUCUCUCCACCCAGCGGUGGAUGGCUCUGGCUCCCUGCCAUCUGAGUUUCCCAGCAGAGCAGCACUUCUUGUAAUGUGACGCAGCUCUGAACCUGCUGGGACCAGUUGUGUGUGACGUUCUUGUGGGAAGAAAAUGAAAACAUUUAAAGCCCCUUCUGCAUAGUUUGGCCAUU